GGCGCGCGCUGUUCAAAACACCGGGAAGAAACGCGCGCAGGAGACGAAGGAGAAGCGCGAGCGGCUCAGACUUUAUUCACUGUUUUAUGUCGCGCGACAGAAAAGUGUUCGGUGAGCUUUGUGAGAAUGAUGCCGACGACUAACAGGAAGAGAAAGCUCUCGUCUCUGGACUCUGACAGCCUCCUGGCUCAGGGACAAGUGAGGGAGGAGACGUCCCCCGGGAAGAGGAGAUCCCCGAGGAAGAAGCCGGUCGGACGUCUGAACAAAGAAAACAGUCCCUCGCCACAGAAAUCCCCCCGAAGACCAGCAGCCUCUUCUGCCCGAUCGCCCCGUAAAUCUCCGUUCAAGCCUUCGGUGGUUACGAGCUCCUUCUAUGGGAGGCAGAAGUCCGUCUAUCUGACUCCACUGGAGAGGAAGGCCAUCAAGGAGUGUCUGCCUCCUCCUCCUCCUCUUCCUUCUCCUCCUCCGCAGGAGAAAAAGAAGAAGAAGAAGAAUUUUAAAGGAGGCAGCGUGCAGAGGAAGGUGGCUGCAGGAUCCAAUCAGGGGAAGAUGAGAAUCCAAAGCUAUUCGACGUCGUCCAGGCGGAUCAGACUGCCUAAACUGAGCCGCAGCGUCGCCGCCAAAUCGGCAUCGACUGCAACCGCCGCCGCCGGCACCAAGCCCGCAGAGUCCAGGAAGGCGAUCACCGUCUCCUUCAGCAGCCUGAAGCCCAAACCCAAGAUCUUUGUGGGAGCUGCUUUCUUCAGCACAGGGAAGAAACCGACGUCCAUGUACAAGAAGUCUGCGCCCAAAUCCACGAGCAGGCCAGCGUCGGCCGCGGCGAGCGGCAAAGGUGUCCUGACGCAGAAGAAGAGCGAGCAGCAGCGUUCAGUGACGAAGGCUGCAGAGACUGACGUCCAGCAGAGGGAGAAGCUGGAUCCCACAGACUGGAUGGACUCUGCUAACGAACUGCCUCGAACUCCACAACCAAUCAGCUCCUCUGAAUCGUUGGCAGAGAAGUUCGGGAUCACCAGAGAGCUGACGGUCGUGUUGACGAGGACGCCGACUGCUGCAGCCGCAGCCCCCGUCAGGCUUCAGGACGUUUGUCUGAAAGAUGGCGGCGCCGACCUGAGCGACGGAAACUCCACCAGUGCUGCUGCCAGCCCACCUAAAGAAUCGUCAGCGGUGUACCCCAUCUUCAGCUCCGCCUCCAAGAGGUUGAGGAAAGCUCUGCAGCCGGCGGCGUCCUGCGGCGCCCCCCCUGGCCUGAUGACGUCGCUGCAGACGCCGGCUCCCGUCCGCAGGAGGAGGGAGAAGCAGGACGACGACCAGCUCGUCAUCGACGCGGGUCAGAAGCAGUUCGGAGCGAUGACCUGCAGCUCGUGUGGGAUGAUUUACAGCGCCGACAACCCCGAGGACAACUUCCAGCACAGCCAGUUCCACCAGCGCUUCCUCGACUCCAUCAGAUUUGUGGGCUGGAAGAAGGAGCGAGUGGUGGCCGAGUUCUGGGACGGAAAGAUUCUGCUCGUCAUGCCCGACGACCCCAAAUACGCCAUCAAAAAGGCUGAGGACGUGCGGCGUGUUGCAGACAGCGAGUUGGGUUUCCAGCAGGUGACUCUGAGCAGACCCUCACAGGCGAAGACCUACCUGUUCAUCAGCACCGAGCGGCUGGUGGUCGGCUGCCUGGUGGCCGAGCCCAUUCGUCAGGCUUACAGAGUCCUGGAGCAGCCGGAUCGGUUCAAGGACAUGACGAAGGACGACUUCAUGGAGCAGCACCGGGCCUGGUGCUGCUCCACCGUCCCAGAACGAGCUCUGUGCGGGAUCAGCCGGGUCUGGGUCUUCAGCCUGGCCAGAAGACAGAGCAUCGCGACCCGCCUGCUGGACACCGUCAGGAACACCUUCAUGUACGGCAGUCACCUGACCAAGGAGGAAAUCGCCUUCUCUGACCCGACGCCUGAUGGGAAACUGUUCGCAACCAAGUACUGCAGCACGCCGACCUUCCUCGUCUACAACUUCGUCGCCUGAAGCUCGGAUUAAAGCCGUGUGUGUGUGUGAUGUUUUAAAGGUUCAUGAUCCACCUGUUGUCUGUUUUCUGUUUACAUGUUUUUAUUGGAGGAGCUUGAAGUUGUUUCUUGAUUCUCAGUUUGAGGUUUUCUGGACGUUUUAGAAGGAAAAUGUUGAUUAUUGUCUUUUAUUCUUUGUAAAAUGUUUAAUAAACGUAUUUCCUUUGUUUUCUGACCUGAAACAUGUCGACAUGUGUCG